AUGCCUGAGGACUUCACACAUGCACUUCAUAGUGUUGAUUUGGAAUUUUCUGGAUCUGACUCAUGUCCAGACCACUCUGACUCUGAGGACGACACUUCUGAUCUCAAGGAGCUUCAAAAACGGUGUCAAAUCAUGUGUGAACCACCUCCAGAUGCUAGCACUCCCCAGCUAUGCAUUUCAGCAUACUCAAAACUUCACAUUGAGAUGAAGAAGCUACAAACUGACUACAACAGUCUACUCUCCACUCUCCCACAGAACUGCAAGAGAGCUGUGGAGAAUAACCCAAACAUGAUAUUGGACAAUAACAUUGCUGCCCAAGCAAAAAAGUAUUGCUUCUUCUACCAUUUCUGGGUCCUGAAGGAUGCUUUCCCACUCAUGAUUCCACUGCCUGGAUAUGAUCUGAAUGACCCCACUUGUUGGAGUAUGCCUGAAUCAAAAAUUAUCAGCCUUAAGGUGGAACUCUAUUCCAUGCUACCUAGUGACCUCAAGGCCCAUGCAACAACUUAUAGCAACUUUGGCCAUGUGUUUUCAAAUAUGGUUGGGGCUGAAAGACCCAACAUCCCCAAGCCCAUCAAGGAUAAUGCACAGCAACUCUUUGUGCACUUGGGCCUUAAGAUUCUACAAGGGUCAAAUGAGGAUGUGAAAGCAUUGCUGAAGAUGCACCCAGGGAGUGUUGGUACUCACUACACCCCUCUCUCCCUGAUCCUCUUCCCUAAACCAGAUGCUCUGGUGGCUAGGGACUUAUUCAAAUCCCAACUCCUAGUCAAUAUCAUCCAUGUCAUGGCAUUUGGCAAGGGUGUCCUCACAGGCAAGCAAAGAGGUGGUCCACUGGGAUGA